AGAAGUUAGUUAGUCUCUGGGUAUUCUAAGCGAGAAAACACAGAACUCAGAGGAAACCGAGGCUCUACAAAGGUUUGAGGAAACAACCACCUUCAAAGAUGGGCGAUACCAUGUGGAGUUGCCAUGGAAACGAGAAAUGCCAGAACUCCAAGACAACUAUAGAAUCGCCAAGAAACGGUUUGAAUGUCUGAAGAAAAGGCUGAAGAAGGAUGUGACGUUGUACAGCAGAUACAAUGAAGUAGUAGAAGACUACUUACAACAAGAUAUGGCAGAGGACGUGCCCAAGGACAACGCAUCAAGUGCAGACAACGUAAAAUACUACUUACCUCACCAUGCAGUACUCCGAGAAGAUAAGGUGACAACAAAACUGAGAGUGGUGUUUGAUGCCUCGUCCCAUGAAGAUGGCUGUCCAUCUCUCAAUGACUGUCUACUCACAGGACCGAACCUGAAUCCGGAUCUGCUCAGCGUUCUAAUAAAGUUCAGACUACAUGAGAUCGCAUUCAUGGCAGACAUCAAGAAAGCUUUCCUGCAGAUAUCCCUAGCAGAGAGAGACAGAGAGACAGUGAGAUUUCUAUGGCUCACUGGCCCACCAAAGGGAGAAAAUGAAGAGGAGCUGCGUGUGCUGAGGAUGAAAAGAGUGGUAUUUGGAGCUUCCCCAAGUCCAUUUUUGCUGGCAGCUACAAUCAGGAAGCACCUGAAACAAUAUGAAACAGAACAACCAGAAGUUGUAGAGAUACUGAGAGAGUCACUCUACGUAGAUGACUUCAUUGCAAGUUCACGCAAUGUUGAAGAGGCUUACCUUGUGACAACAACUGCAAAGCGAAUGCUGUCGAAUGCAGGCAUGGACCUCUGCAAGUGGAUGACCAAUUCUCCUGAAUUGAAAACAAAAUGGGAGGAGAGUACGACAACUGACCACCCGUUGACGUUACAAACACAAGGAGUAGUGCUGAAGGUUUUAGGUUUGACUUUGUGUUUGACCUCAGGCCGUUACUGAGCAUUCUAAGGCAAAAGGAAAACACAAAGAGAAGUGUUCUGCAGUCGUCUGCACGUGUCUUCGACCCUCUUGGUUUCUUAACUCCCUUCACCAUCAGGAUCAAGUGCAUGUUCCAGGAAAUGUGGGAGAGGGGACUCAGCUGGGACGAAGAAUUACCACCUGAUCUGACACGAGAAUGGCAACAGUGGUGUUCAGAACUACCCCAGUUACACCAGCUCACCAUACCAAGGUGGUACAGAACAGACAUGCGGCCACAGAAUAACCACACCCUGAAACUACACGUGUUCUGUGAUGCAAGUGAAAGGGCUUACAGUGCAGUAGCUUACUUGCAAGGUGAGUCACAAGACAGGGAAACAACAAGUCUAGUCGCAUCCAAGUCCAGGGUAGCACCACUUAAGAAAAUGACGCUGCCACGCCUGGAGCUCAUGGGAGCUGUGAUUGGAGCGAGACUAGCAAACAACUUGAUGACCACACUGAAAAUGGAAGAAAAACAGAUUAACAUAUGGACAGACUCGAUGAUCGUGCUGCAUUGGAUUUGCAGCUCAGCUCAGAAAUGGAAACAGUUUGUUGCGAACAGAGUGACGGAGAUCCAGUCCUUGACCAAUCCAGAGUCAUGGUCACAUAUUGAAGGGAAAACUAAUCCAGCUGACCUCCCUACAAGAGGACAAACUGUUAGAAACUUGACACAGAGCGAGCUAUGGUGGAAUGGACCCAGAAUUCUGACAUCACCCAAUCAGUCCGAAGAGACUGAUGAUAACAAGGUUCCGGAUGAGGUGACUAUAGAACUCAAGUCCAGUUGCCAGGCUACUGUACAACUCGCAGCAAACAGCACAGACAGCACUGAACCUGUGUAGGAGCUUGAAAGGUACAGCAAACUGAAAAGAGUGUUCAGAGUCACCGCCUGGAUAAAGAGAUUCAUAGCCAAUGCUCGUACAACCAUAAAGAUGCAAGGUGAACUGACUGCUGACGAACUGUUCGAUGCAGAAAAGUACUGGAUUAAGGUAACACAACAACAGAGUUUCGGACAGGAGAUCAAACUACUGAAGGCAGGAAAAAGCCUAAACAAUGACUGUAAAAUCAGAGAACUGAAACCUUUCCGGGACGAACACGAACUACUCAGUGUAGGAGGAAGACUGCAACAGUCCAACUUCACAUUCAGAGAGCAGCACCCAUGGGUUCUGCCCAAUAAGUCCAGAUACUCAGAAAUGCUGAUACAGUACCACCAUGAGAAGGUGAUGCAUUCUGGAGCAAGAGACACUCUAGUACAAAUCAGAGAGCGAUACUGGAUCUUGAGUGCUAGGCAGCUAGUCAAGAGCACAGUGGCAAGAUGUAUAGUGUGCAAGAGAUUCAAGGCAAGGGCCGGACAGCAGGUCACUGCGCCUUUACCAAAAGACAGAAUAACUGAAUCCCCACCAUUCGAAGUCACAGGUGUGGAUUUUGCAGGACCGCUCUAUGUGAAAGAAAAUGGUUCUGUGAAGAAGUCAUACAUUGCACUGUUCACUUGUGCUGUAACCAGAGCAGUGCAUUUGGAACUGGUCUCAGAUCAGUCAACAGAGACAUUCUUGUUAGCUCUAAAAAGAUUAAUCUCAAGGAGAGGAUUAUGCAAGGUAAUCUACUCAGACAAUGCAAAAACGUUCAAGAGAGCUGAUCAGGACUUGAAAAAGCUGUGGAAGGCAAUCGAAGAGCCCCAACUCUUGG